UAGAGUACAGGGAAGGCCUGAUGUUCCGUUUCGAAAACGCAUAUGUGGCGGAUGUGCGCAAAUAAAUGCGCAUGGUCUCUGUUGCGCUUGUGCGCGGGAAGUAAAGUGCACUUUAACACCAACAAGUAAUACUCUCGUUGCACUACUUGCGUGCGUGGUUCUUAGCAAACAGGCCUUGUCACGUACACUCACACGUAACGCCAGCAGCUGCUGCUGCUACUGCUGGUUAGGCGAGCAUACACGGUUCACCUUUCUCGCGCAGGAGUUCGCUGGCGAAUCUGUCCCCCCUUGUCUCCGAGGCGUGCGAUCUCUACCAGCCACCCCAAUCGGCCACGCCAUUGCGACUGGUUGCACACGAUCCCUCAUCCACCUCUCUGUCUCUCCCCCCCUCUGUGGUCACCUGUGCAUAAAGGAGUACAAGGCAUGUAGCAAACAGCAGCAUUAGUCACCAGGAGCGCGUUGAAGAAAGGUAAAAAGUACAAGAUCAUGAUGGAGGCGGCGGCGGCGGCGAGUUGCUACAAUCCUCCUGCUCUCCACCACGACAGAAGCAGUAGUCCAGCAGGAGAAGGAGGAGCCGCGGUGGACGCAGUAGCGCUGGUGCCGGCCGAAGCUGACGAUGCAACGAUAACGCGAACAUCAUCGUCGUCGGAAGAAGAAAAAAAAGGCGGCGGCUCCGGCGGCGACGGGGAAGUCGGCAGCUUCGGAUAUGGCCAGCGGUGGGUCAAGUGCGAGGAGCUGGGCAGGGGGGCCCACGGGACCGUUUACCGCGCGCUGGUGCUAGGUACGAGCGACAGCAUCGCCGUCAAGCAGAUCCUCAUGACCCGGAUGCAGAAGUCGGAGCUACAGGUGGCGGAGAACGAGAUCGGCGUGCUGCGGCGACUGCGGCAUCCCAACGUUGUACCUUUCUUGGGCGUCCAGAGGGUGGGCGACCACCUCAACAUCUUCCUCGAGUACAUGGACGGGGGCAGCCUGCGGCGUCGGCUGGACCGGGAGGGCCCCAUGUGCGAGCGCCAGACGGCGGUCGUGACGAGAAAGGUUCUGUGCGGGCUGGCUUACCUGCACUCCAACAACAUCACCCACCGUGACAUUAAAGGCGCGAAUGUUCUCCUCUCCAAGAAGGGCGCCGUGAAGCUGGCGGACUUUGGUACCAGCAAGCCCAUGGACCAGGACAGCGUCGUGAGCGGCCUCAAGGGGACCCCCAACUGGAUGGCCCCCGAGGUGAUCAAGAACCAGUUGCUCCCGGGGGGGUGGCUACAGGCGGACGUGUGGAGCGUCGGCUGCACGGUGGUCGAGAUGCUCACCGGGAAGAUGCCGUGGCCGAACAUGCCCAACCCCCUGUGCGCGAUGUUCAAGAUAGUGUCCGGGGACAAGCCCCCCGUCAACCGAAACAUUUCCCGGGAGGCGUCGUCGUUCAUGGCCGCCUGCUUGUCCACCAAGCCCCCGGAGCGGUACACGGUGGAGCAGCUGAUGGGGCACCCUUUCGUCGUUCUGACAAGAUCGGCCAGGGUCACGGCGUCAUCGCCACCGCAAGCACAACCACCGUCGUCCCCGAACCCGUACGACGACGACCGCCUCGACCACCACCCACGAGCCGACGACGCUGAUAGGGGCGCCGGUGUCGGCGGCGCGGGGGAUCGGCGCCACCGGCGGCUCUACAGCAACAUCAACAAGACCGGCACCAGCAUUGACGGCGGCGGUAGCGCCGCCUUCAGCGGCACGGGCAGCUACGACCACCCCCACCGCCACCGUCGCCACCGCCAAGAGAAAGCUUCUACCGCCGGCGCCGAGGGGAGGAGGCCGCCGUGCCGCUCUCGCGAGACCGCUAGCAGCGGCAAGCGGGGGGCUUGGUCUCGAGAAACCGGUCCAAGCUGCGGCGGUAGCGGUAGCAGCGGCCAGGGCGAGGAAGGCCAAGGUGGGCGGUGGCAGCAGCAGCAGCAGCAGCAGCAACAGCAGGUGACGAGGUGGUCGGACGGCAGCAACGACAGGGCGCCGCUGCCGCCGCCGCCGACUAGCGGCAGCGGGAGGUCUUCUCCGAGAGCUGCUGCCCUGGCGGCGUGCCAGCCCGACAGCAGCGGUCACUACGGGGCUCGGCAUAUCCACCACCACCACCAUCACUACCACCACCAUCAGCAGCAGGGGCAGCGGCGGCAGCAGCAGCAGCAGCAGCAGCAGUGGGGGGUGGCUCAAGAGGAACCGGCUGCCAGCCUGUACAGUAUGAUUGAGGCCGGCAGCACAAUGCAUGGCACCGACUGCGGCAGCAGCAACGCGGAGAUGUGGCCCCACGCCCGCGACGGCAGCGCGGACGACGCAAGUGGUCAGGCCGGACAAGAGGACGAGGGGCGGCAGCUGCUCCAGCAACAGCUCCUGCGUCGGUACCAGCGCCAGCAAGGCUCUCACUCGACUUCCGCACCGGUGCCUCUGGUCACCAAGCCCGACAAGAACGGGUGCGGGAGCCACGCCGGCACCGCCGACCGCGCCUUCAUGACCUCCCCGGUCAUGAACCUCCGCCCGAAACACCGAAACCCUCCUUCCCCUGGCGGUGGCUUUGACAGCGGCGGCGGGGUUGACGUCACCGCCGCCGCGCCCAGCCACGGCGGGGGGCGGGACUUCAACGAUGACGGCGGCGGCGGCGGCGCAAGAGGGCUGUUGCCUGACUGCUCCAAGAACUCGGGUUUGCGGCGGGAGUCAUCGUACAACAGCCCGAUCCAGGUAGUCCAGGCAGCUAGGGAGGACUUGAUGGAACGGAGGAAGGGCAACGGCGGCGGCGGCGGCGGCGGCGGCUACGGAGCGGGAGUGGCGGCCGCACAACACCACCUCACGCGGCCAGACGAUCCCAUCACCGGGGAGUACCUCAAGAUGGGCCUGAAGGGAUUGACUGACAGCAGCAGCAUUGCAAGUCGCAGCGGGUUUAACCGCUGGAGGUCCAACUCGAUGCCGCUGCAGUGCAUGCGCACCAAGAGCGCGGGCGUCCUCGGAGCUUCGCCCAAGCUUCCGCCUCUGGAACGAGACCUGUCCGGCGUUGGCGGGGCGGGGCUGUACGGAGGAGGCCAACGGGGCGGAGAGGGAGGAGGAGGAGAGUUCGGGGCUUCCGGUGGCAGGUUCACGAGGGGUAUCACCUCCGCUCCUUCCACCAGCAGCGCCGCUGCGCAGUACAGCAGCAGUCCCUUCGAAGCUUCUGCGGAUCCGGGUGCCAUCGAAGGCUGCGGCGGGGCACCGGCGGCGGCGGCGGCGGCGGCGGCGGCGAUGCGGGGGUGUUUUCGUCCGGUGGAACGGACGGCGGACCGGGCCGCCGGCCUGUCCAUAGCGCGUCCCUCGGACCGAUCCCUGGAUUGGUCCGCGGCGGCAGACAAGGGGGAAGCGGUGCUCCGUAGCCGGGCUAGCCUCGCACCCAUCCGCGUAAAAAGGGCACCGAAGGCAGUGGCGGCGGAGGCGGCGGCGGGGCUGUCGUUGACGGCGUUAACGAUUACGCCCUCGGUUUCGCUGAGCGCGGCAGGGCUCGCCAGCGGCGGCGGGGCGGCGGCGGCGCCGUGCGGUCUGAGAGGCACGCCUGGUGCUGGUACCGGUAGCGGCAGCGGCGGCGGCGGUCGCAAGAGCGGCUUCCCCUCCUGCUCGACGCCGGGCAGUGCUAGCAGUGCCGCCGCCCUCGGCGGAGGUGCCCGGGGCCCACACCACGCGUUCGUCUCCGGGUCGCCCUCGAAUCGGCUCGAUCUCUUCCCGCUGGGCAGCAGCAGCAACGGCAGCGGCAGCAGCAGCAGCAACCGCAACCGCUAGCGGUAACGGUUGGGAGCAGGAGCAGCAGUAGCAACGGGCGGUCCCGGUCCGGCGUUUUUUUGUGUCACGGCAGCAGAAGAAAGGGCAGCACUUUAUAUAUAUAUAUGUCGUCCGAUCCGUCGCACCUCUUGUAUGUUCAAUUUGUGUGUAGAGUCCAUCAUUCAUCCGAUGUUAUUCCACAGCACUUCUUAUAGUAAUAGAUUUUUUUAGCUUGAGGGUCCAUCCGGUGUUUUCAUGGAAAGGUUUCCCAUAUCAUAGUUUUUUACGAAAGAGAACGUGUAUUUACGUGUAAGGGAGAGUUGGAGUGAGAGUCGCAGGGAAAACAGGAAGACACAGGAAGUAGCUGUUACAAGCAAGCACGGGGAAGGGGGAGGGUUAGCAAGCCCUUGGGUCCUCUCUUGUUGGUGGGCUUUCUCUUGCUGUGGUCGGAUGACGCUCGAAAUGUACAACAGAGUGGUUUGGG